CUGGUUGCCAGAGAGAGCGAGAGGGACAGCCAAGCCGGAGAGGAGGCAGAAGAGAAGGGAUAGACAAAAACAAAUUAAAAUCCAAAGAAAAAGCUGGGUCAUAGGGCGAUGACCUCACCUCCUGGACUCAACUGGAACGAGAACUGAACCAAAGGAUAGUGACCCCUCUAAAGGCAGAUAACAUCUAUCUCAACUGACGUACAUUCACCUGCACAGAGUCUGUUUUCAUCUCGAUGGCGACCGCAGAACCUGCACCAGCCUGGUGGAAACUGACCUUCCUGCGUAAGAAGAAAUCGGAGUCGAAAGUGUUGUACGAAAUCCCUGGAGACCACAGCAGCAAUGCCGGGGAGACACCUGGGACCCCCGACGCAGCUGUGGACAGCCAGUUUAACGCCCGCUUGGAGCGCAUCGUGGACAAAACGGCAACAAAGGGGCGCCAUGUGAAAGUCUCACAUUCGGGCCGGUUUAAAGAGAAGAAGAGAAUCCGCUCUACGCUAGCAGAGAACCCUGACCUGUUCCCUGAGGCAGAAACUACGACUAGUGAGAAUAAUACAACUGGAAAAUAGAGUCACUGUGUAAACACACUAGCAUGUGUGUGUAAAACAGCUCAAGAGGGCCUUGGUCUAUGCAGCACUCUUCCAUUGAUGUCCUCUGUAGUUUACAAUCACCUGAGGCUGAGCCUGAAGCAAGAAAAGGAUCGCUGAAUGAAUUAGUGACUGAUCUAUACUAAUGUUUGGGAACAAAGACAGGCAUAAACCCAAAGAUCAGGUUUCUUCACAGAUACACACAGCAGGACUGCAUUGUGGUCGUCUGAUGAAAGGCUGACAUUUAGCAAAUGUUUAGCAAAGAGAAAUCCACUGAGAGGGAAUCAAAUCAAUCAUAUAUCAGCACAAGAUAUCAGUAAUGAUAGUGGGUUUUUUUGCUUAUUCUAUUUUAUAUGGUGAAAAUUACAAUAGCGGCUACAGCACUUUUGAUUCAAAAGAUUUAAGGAAUAUUAUCAGCAAUAAUAUGCUACUAAGUUAAAAGAUCAUAUAGAGACUUUUAUUCAAAAUUUAAAUUGUAGCCUACCUAAUUAUAUAAAAUAGAUUGUUGUUAUUAUUAUCACUGUUAUUUUUUUAUUUUUUAUUUUUUUUUGGCCUCCGAACCACCAACUAGACUAAAAUAUUUUUUUGAAUACAUGUGCCUGUUGCAAGAAUAUACUAUUUUAUGUCUGUGUUGAUGUGUCUGGUUUAAUUAUGAUCUUUGAUCUUUGAUAUUUAUUGUACAGAGAGUUUAUAAAAUUUAAUUAGAACAUGGUGGGUUUUUCAAAUUUUAAUUAUUGUGCUUUUUAUGUUGAAAGAAAUGGUCAAAUAUUUGCACAAUGCCUAAUUUAAUUGUUUGAUUAGCUGGGAUUUUGUAAAAAAAAAUAAAAAAAAAUACGUGUUGUUUUUAAAUAUACCUCUGUGGAAAAUAAAUUAAUACAUUCAUUCAAGAA